AUGCCACCAACACAGCUUCCCGAGUCGGGGAAUCCUCUUGUCUUUUUUGACAUAACUAUUGGCGGCGAACCACUCGGCCGUAUCACUUUUGAGCUGUUUCAAGAUGUUGUCCCCAAGACAACAGAAAACUUCCGCCGCUUCUGCACAGGCGAGGACACUGAUUCGCAGGGCCGUCCUCGGGGCUACAAGGGCAGCAAGUUUCACCGCAUAAUUCCGAAUUUCAUGUGCCAAGGCGGGGACUUCCUUAAUGGAAACGGCACCGGCUCCACUUGCAUAUAUGGCGGGAAGGCGUUCCCCGACGAGAACUUUGAGCUGAAGCAUGAACAGCCAGGGCUGCUAUCUAUGGCGAACGCUGGGCCCAACACGAACGGCUCCCAGUUCUUCAUCACCACGGUACCUACACCCUUCCUUGACAAUAAGCACACUGUCUUCGGCAAGGUGGCCAGCGGCAUGGACGUGGUUCACAAGAUGGAACACGUGCGAACAGGUGCACGCGGACGGGACAUGCCGGACCUAGAUGUCGUGGUGGCAGAAUGUGGUGAGAUGUAG